CGCUGCCUGGUUUGAUGUGGGAACUGGAACAGCAGCUGGGGCUACUGCGACUUUACCCUGAGAAGACGGGCAGGGAGGCAACAGAGACGGACAGCUGGCCAAGCUCAGGUUUCUGCGAGGGCCCGCAGUCGGCCGUCGCCUCUGAUUCUCCGGCAUCCGGGUUUGGCGAUUCCUCUUCCAGUUUUCCUUCUGCUUCGGGGUCCUACUCCAGGAUUGGCUAUGCCAGUGAGCGCCCCAAAUCCGUGGGUGACAUGGCUAACAGCAGCAAAGAUGGGGCCAACAGGAGCAAAGUGCCCCGCUCCUUCUCUGCCCCCUACUCCAGUUCCCAAGACUACUCCGCAGAGCCUCUGACGACGCGUUACCCUCCAGACCCUUUUCUGUACCCCAGCCCUCUCCACGCCGUGGCUCUGCAGAACUCCUUAAUCCGCAGCCAUCUGUACGAGGACCCCGCUUUCUCUUCAGCCGCCUCCCAGGCGCUGGGCUACCCGACAGACCAAGAGGGAAACCUGGACGCCUAUGGCAACGAGUUCCAAUUCUACUCAGAGGCCGCUUCGCACUGCCACAAAGUGGAGAGCUACAUCUCGCGCCUCAUCCGCCGCCGCAGCCAGCUGGUGAGAGGCAGCAAACCUCGGACUAGCCUCGGCUCGGAACCCCCCGCCCCGGCCAAGGGUGGCGUGGCCAGGCAGAACAGCUUCUGCAAGAGACCCACAGAGCUGCUUCCCUCUCAGGCGGAACGCAGACACCCUCCAUCCAUGGAAAGAGGCAGCAGCACCCCUUCGCCCUCUGGCCACGAGGGCGGAACUGCAGCAUCCGCCCGCAUUUGGUCCUCCUGGGAUGCUGCCGCUGAGAGGACAUUGGCUGCCAAGGUGGUAGCGGAGGACUAUAGCCCACCCCAUUCUAGCCUCAAGAAACCCCCCAAGCUGCAGGCACUCGCCCACAUGAGGCCUGUUUCCGUGGAUCAAUACGAAGCUGCUUACCCACCAUCCCCUCUGCCGGAUGGAGAGGAUGGGCCCUCUCGGCGGAACGGCCAAGAUCCCAUUUCCUACGAGCUUGAGGAUGCGGCCUGCUUAAUGGUGAAAGCCCAGUACAUCCCUGCCCAACAUCCCACAAGGGCCCAGCAAGCUCACCGGGGUGGCAAAAAGAAACCCCCGCCCCUCACCAAGGGCCGCUCGGUGGAACUUUCACCGGAACGGACCCCUCUGAAUUCAAGGGAGCGACCUCGAGGAUCAGCGCCCACCAAGAAAUGCCGCUUCACUGAAGAGGGAGGUGAGGCUGUGGGGAGAAAGGGGGCAGGAAGAAAAAGCUCUCCUCGGUCUAGGAAGGCGUCCCGCUCACAAUCCGAGAACAGCCUUCUCAAUAAACCGGGAGUCAAAUAUGGGACAGCUGAGCGGGAAGAAACUGCUUUAAAACCAGCCCAGCAACGGAGGCCCCAUGGCCAGACGGCUGGUGGCUACCGCAAAUGGCGCUCAACGGCUGAAAUCUGUCAAGAGGAUCCAUCGACAGGAGCCGCCAUUGAGCCACGCCGCAUGCGGCAGGGGGUAGGUACGGUUGGGUAUAGUUAUGCCGGAAGCGACUCGGAGUGUUCAGGAGAGCCGGCCCGCCAAGCGCCCAUGUGCCGUCUGGAGGAAGGCCUGGCCUACGCCGAUAGCGAGUCCAGCCUCAGCGAAUCCCCUCCCCCUUACAGUAGUGGGGCGUCCAGUGACACAGACGAGAGCGGUGGCCUGGUGUGGCCGCAGCAGCUCUCCCCACAACUCGUGUCUGCGUCUGGGCCUGGAAAAUCAGCCAGCGGGCAGCCCAAGGUCUUUGUCAAAAUCAAAGCCUCGCACGCGCUGAAGAAAAAGAUCAUGCGGUUCCGCUCCGGCUCCCUCAAAGUCAUGACGACGGUGUGAGGAACGUUCGUCGCCCACAACCCCCGCAAUUCGCCUCGCCCCGGUUCCUCCCUUUGGCUUGAAGACCCUUCUGGAACUUUCCAGGAUCCCCUUGCUGAACCUCGUUCUGACCAUCUUCCCUCCCUCCCAUCUCCAAGGCCGGAUUAACAAAUAGGCCGAGUAGGCACCGGCCUAAGGGUCCCCAUACCUUUAGGGCCCCCGGGCCAGUUUGCCUCUCUCAGCCUCUCCCCUGCAGCUUUGUCAAAGCGGCUUUUGAGAACGUGCCUGUAGGAGAUAUGAGGAGACCAUUUGCGAGGGGGCCCCCAAGAUUUGCACCACCUGUGGGCCUCCACAGGUUUCAAUCCGGCAUGCCCGUCGCCAUGCUGUGCGGUUUCCAUCCAGGACUGACCUCCUCCACUUUCGCCCCGUGAAAAGGGUAAUAAAAAUAGACCAUUCGGUCGAGAGACGUGGAGAUGGGUCAGCAUGGCAUCCUAACCCCUUUCUCCAGAUGCUGAAGCAGGCAUUUUCUCCCCUUCUCUGUUCUUUCCAAUCCGGUCCGUUUUGUUUUUUAAAGGCAAGGUAUUUAUUAUGGUUUUGUACUGCUAACCACUCAGGAGUCCAGGUUUUUGGUACAAAACUCUGGAAUCUGAAUCCACACCGCUGGUUUUGUCAUUCUAGACCAGCGUCUUCUUUCUCUCCUUGUCUCUCUUUGUAAAUAAAAUUCUGUGGCUUCUU